UUGGCGAUUGGGUAUUUGCUACGCUCGUUUUUCAAAUGGCUGUGUAAACAAAGUGCAGUAUGUUCAAAAUUCUUCGUGGGAAUAAUGUUUCUUUUUAAAAGAUAAAGUUCUGGAACCGUUUGGCCCUCAUUUAAUAGGUCAUUAAAUUUAUGGUUCUCUGAGUGAUUGUAUGGACUUCUAGAAUGAAUCAGCUUACUGAAGAACAGCGUAAGAGAAUUGAAGAAAACCGACGCAAAGCCCUCGAAAAAAGAGCUGCUAGAUCUGCCCUUGAAAAAGGGAAUAAGUCAACUAGUCAAGCUGUAAAAGAAAUUAAUUUAACAAAUACAAGUUCCUUUUCUAAAAAUUCUUUUGAGCCAAGUAAGAGCAGUGAAACAUAUGCUAAUAACAUUGCCGUAAAGAACACUAUUUCUAUAGCUUCAAAUUCAUCUUUGUCUUUGAAUGUUAAAAAUGAAAAUACUAUUAAUUAUAAUUUAUUUGGCAAAGAAAAAGAAACUAUUAGGGGUUCAUGUGUGCUUCUUUCUCGUAAGCGAUUUUAUGUAGAUGUGGGUUAUCAUAAGGAAAUGAUUGAUAUUUUUAAAACCAUCCCCAGUAGACUUUAUGAUGUUAAAACAAAAAAAUGGAAUUUUUUAAUUGAGGAUCAUGAUAAACUUAUUUCACUUUUAAAGCCUUUACAACAAAAGGUAUUAAUAGCAGGAUUACCUCGAGUGCUAUUAAAACUUUUUAAUAAAACAACUGAAAAUAGGGAGAUUAAUGAUUGUGAUUUAUCAAUGUUAGAUCCUGUUUUGUUGAAUGCUUUACUCCCUUUUCAGAAAAUUGGUGUUAAAUUUGGGGUACAGCAUAAAGGUCGAGUUUUGAUUGCAGAUGACAUGGGUUUAGGGAAAACCAUACAAGCCAUUGGAAUUGCUGAUUAUUUUAAAAAUGAUUGGCCCUUGUUGGUUGUAACACCUUCAUCAGUGAGGUACAUGUGGCUAGAAGCAUUCCAUACCUGGUUGCCAUCUUUAAAUAGUCAAGAAGUAACUGUUAUAGGUUCAAGUAAAGAACACAUUCCUAAUGAUAAAGUGAUUAUAAUGAGUUACGAUUUAUUGACAAAAAUGCAAGGUGCCAUUGAAAAAAGAAAAUUUAAAAUGGCUAUUAUGGAUGAAUGCCACUUUUUGAAAAAUCCGAAAUCUGCUCGCACUAAAGCAGCAGUUGCCAUCUUAAAAAGUAUCAAUCGAAUUAUCAUGCUUUCAGGAACACCUGCUCUUUCUAGACCUAUUGAACUUUACAGUCAAUUGUCAAUUUUGCGGCCUCGUGACUUUUUCGGUUAUGUAGAAUAUGGCAUACGUUAUUGUAAUGGCAAAAAAGCAUCAUGGGGCUGGGAUUUCCAUGGCUCUUCUAAUAUGGAAGAAUUACAAAUAUUACUUGAAGAAAUUGUAAUGAUUCGGCGGCUAAAGUCAGAGGUUAUUAAACAACUUCCAGCCAAAUAUCGUCAGAUGAUAGUUCUUGAUCCAUCUCUUGUGCCUGCUAAAAAGAUUUUGAAAACUAUGGCAGGACAACUGAAAGAAAGUACACUGAAAGGCAUGGAAUGGCGAGGGGUGCUUCUACAAUAUUUCCAUGAGACUGGUGAUGUAAAACUUAAAGCUAUAUGUGAAUAUGUCUUGGACUUACUGGAAAGUGACAGAAAAUUUGUUUGCUUUGCUCAUCAUCAGAAUGUUUUAAAGGGUAUAUGUGAAGCUGUUGAAAAAAAGAAGAUUGAUUACAUACGCAUAGAUGGUUCAGUUAAUGCUGAGCAGCGUAAAAAACUCUGUGAUAAAUUCCAGCUGCAAGAUACUUGCAGAGUAGCUAUAUUGAGUAUAACAGCAGCUAAUUGUGGCAUCACACUGACUGCUGCAAGUCUUGUGGUUUUUGCAGAACUUUUCUGGAAUCCUGGUAUUUUAACGCAAGCUGAGGACAGAGUUCACCGAAUUGGCCAGGAAGACUGUGUUGUUGUGCAGUAUUUGGUUGCAAGAGGAACAGCUGAUGAUGAAAUAUGGCCUCUUGUACAAAGGAAAUUAGAUACUUUGAAUAAAGCUGGACUUAGUAAAGAUACUUUCAUGAAUGCAGACACUGUUGUCCAAGAAAAUUCUUUGCAGCCUCGAUUAGAAGAUUUUUGGAAUGAGCUUAAUACUUCUUUGGACAUCUCUGAAUUAGAUGAUAAUUUUGAUGCCCCUGAAAAGCGACUUAAACUGGAUAGCUGAUCAGUCAUAUGUGAAACUAAAACUGUAUGUGUCUGCUUUAAGUACACAUUAGGUUUUUCCUUAUAUUAUUUGAUAAAUGUGUGCAAUAUAUCAAUUGUUCAUGCAGUUAUGAAAGAAAAUUCCUAAGCAUCAAGUUCAAGACAAAGGAUUCAUUGAAAUACUUUUAAGAAUAUUUUCAGUAUUUCAGUACUUUUAAGAUUGUUUUUAAAUUCUAAUUGUUUAAGUAAAAUUAUACAGAAAGUUUUAGUCUUAAAUGUGUUUUUGCAUUUUUAAUCUUUUCGCUGUACUUCCUGCCAUUAUAUAUAUAUAUAUAUUAAUUUUUGUAGAAGAUAAAGAUUGGCAUUACUAAUGAAGAAUCUGCUUUUGUAUUUAUUGUGUCAAAUUAGAAGUUAGAUAUCCAAAUGUUUAUUGCAGUAUAAAAAACUGUAAAACCUUUAUGGAGUUUUAACAAUGUAUUCUAUAUGCAUGUAUCAUGGGAAAUUUCAAAUUAGUGUUUAAUAUCUAUUCAUGGUAAAAUAGGUAGUACUUCUUUUGCCAAGUAAGCUAAGAAGAGCAAAAUUUUACUUAAUGUAGUUUAAAUUAGAAAUAUAUAUAUUUUUUUCAAAUUUUUCAUGAUUUGUUGUAGAAGUUCAUUAUCUUCUGUGCAUUUGAAAAUAAAUGCAAUCUUUUCACUGUAUUGUUAAUUUUUUAUAUAUAUGAUGAUCUGAACAAUAAAUUUUAAACUAUGUCUAGUUAAUAAAAUGUGAAAUAGAUGUUCUUUGUUUGCCCUCCCUUUGCUAUGUUAGAAUGUGAUUGAAUAAUUAAUUAUACAAGCAUACAAAAUUUUAUUGGUAGAAUUUUAUCAUAACUUUGGAGACAUCAACACAAUAAAACAUUAUUUUAUUUUUAAUGAAAUCUUAUGACAAUUGGAGAUUUAUAUCAUUCAACAAUAACAAUAAAAGGGAACUGGUUACUAGUUCCCACCCGAACAUCCUUUUACUAAUAACUUUUCUUCAGAAUAAUAAUGUAGGCAAAUGCUUCAUUAUACUUUGUAAUAAUUAAGAUACUGCUGUUGACCACUUGUAAUGUAUUGUACACAGUAACCUUUUGCUUUUGUAUUUAGGAAUAUUUCUUCUGAGUAAUGUUCACUUGACUUCUAAAUACUUAUAUACUAUGAAAUAUAUAUUUUAUACUACAUUUACAAUAUACAACAAAUUAUGUAAAAUGCAUGUUCAAACUGUAUCAUUUUUGUACUAAAAUCAUUUUAAGAUGAAUAUGUAUAAUUAUAAAAAAUUGAAAUUUUUGUAACUUCAUACCUGAAUUUAUAUUUGAGUUGAUUGCUUUGUUAAUUCUAAAAAAAUACAUAUUAGAAGACAAAUACAAAAGAAAGCCACAUCUUAUUUUUGAGUUCAAACGAGAAUUUGAAAUGAAACCCAUAUAAAGUCUUGCAGAAUUCUGUUUUUUUCUCCCUCAAAAAUACUGUAAUGAAUAAUUAAUUUUCUUUUGAAAAUGUAUUUAAAUUAUCAAAAGCAUUCCUUACAUUUGAAAUAAAUAUACUGGUAUAUAGAAGUGAAUAUUUUCAUUUGGAAAGCUUUUUCAUGUAGAAAAUGAAAAAUAUUUGAAAACUGUUAAUUGGUUUCAGUAUAUGUGUUUUGAUUAUAUGUAUGUGCAGUUUUUCAGUAUAUGUAUUGUGAAUAUGCAUAUACUUAUAUAUUUAAAACUGAAAUGCUGGUUCAUUUACAUACGCUUGUAUAUUUGAAAUCAAAUGUUAAGUCAGUGCAACUUUAAUUAGCAUAGUAAAUGUACUAGGUUAGUUAAUUUUAUAUAUUUGUUAUGCUUAGUUUCGUACAUUUGCCAUACUGUAUAAAAGUGUUAAAUUUUUUUGAAAUGUAAAUAAACUUGAUAUUCUUUUAAAUUUAA